GUGAGUGAAUUAAACCAAAGUAAUUGGGGCAAAGCUCAAGGUAGCAGAAGCUACUUAUUUCCUGUCACCUGGUAUCUGUCAGACAUCCCAGGCCUGGCCUAUCACACUUACCCCUGUGUAUUGGAGAAACUAGCCAUUGAAGUGAACUCAGCAGCAAGCAUCCGAACCAGCCCGUGAGCCUGAAAGCCUUGGAGACUCAGAAGUUUUGAAGGUGAAAUGACAACACCCAGAAAUUCAAUGAGUGGAGAUUUCCCAGCAGAUUCUAUGAAAGGCCCUAUUGCCAGGCAACCUGUUAAAAAAAUAAUUCCCAGGACAAUGCCUUCCGUGGUGGGCCCCACACAAAGCUUCUUCAUGAGAGAAUCCAAGGCUUUGGGGGCUGUCCAGAUUAUGAAUGGGCUCUUCCACUUCGCCCUAGGCGGCCUCCUGAUGAUCUACGGCAACAUCUAUACACCCCUUUGUAUAACUGUGUGGUACCCUCUCUGGGGAGGCAUUAUGUAUAUCAUUUCUGGAUCACUCCUGGCAGCAGCGAAGAUGAACUCCAGGAAGAGUUUGGUCAAAGGGAAAAUGAUAAUGAACUCAUUGAGCCUCUUUGCUGCCAUUUCUGGAAUAAUUCUUUUGUUCAUGGACAUAUUUAAUAUUACAAUUUCUCAAUUUUUUAAAAUGGAGAGGCUGGACCUUAUUAAAGUUCACAUGCCAGAUUUUGACAUAAACAACUGUGAAUCAGCUAACUCCUCUGAGAAAAACUCUCCCUCUAACCAAUAUUGUUCCAGCAUUCGAUCUGUGUUCUUGAGCAUUUUUGCAGUGAUGCUGAUCUUCUCCUUUCUCCAGAAGCUCGUGACAGCUGGCACUGUUGAGAAUGAAUGGAAAAAACUGUGCUCCAGACCCAAAGCUGAUGUUGUUCUCCUGUCGGCUGAAGAAAAAAAAGAAAAUGUGAUUGAAGUAAAAGAAGAAGUGGUGGAGCUGACUGAAAUAUCUUCCCAACCAAAGAAUGAAGAAGAAGACACUGAAAUUAUUCCAGUCCAAGAAGAAGAAGGAGAAGACACAGAAAUAAACUUUCCAGAGCCUCCCCAAGAUCAGGAAUCCUCACCAAUAGAAAAUGAUAGUACCCCUUAAACUACUUUUUUCUGUUCUUUUCUGUCUCCCUUUUCUAAGCAUUAGUGUUCAUAGCUUCCAGGAAGCAUAGCUAACCCCAUUUCUUGAGGUUCUCUGUGUGUAUCCACAUCUCACUCUGGUCUUCGCACGGAGCAACCACAGCCCCCACCGCUCUCUCAUUCAGAGAAUACAGCCAUUGUGGCAGGCUGUGUCCUAAUGUUUCUUGUUUGGAGCAGCUUUCUUACAUUAAAAUUAAAAGGUAGAAUGUGAUUUUCUUUGCCUUGGAUAAGCUGUAGUAGUAGCAGCAGCAGUUUCUUUUCAUUUCUUCCCUUCUCAACAGGGAACUGCACCCUGAUGCAAAAGAUAAAUGACUGCUCCAUGCCCUCCCUAAACUAUCUCUAAUUCUUUCCACAUCUAUAUUUUUGAUGGAGUCCCAUUGGCACCAUUGUUUUAAGGACAGUAAAAAAUAAUUAUAAUGAGAUGCAAAAAGGAACCUAGUCUAUCUGUCUUCUUAUGGGAAUGACACUGUGGCACAUUCUUAGAGCCUCCACACCCUCAGGGAAGCCCUAAGUGGACAACACCCAAUCCUUUCUUUAUACAAAUAGCACAGUUUAUGCUAUCUGUCUUGUUUCCCUAACUCCAGCUCUAGGUUCUUGGUUACAUUGUCAACCUACCUUUAGGAAAGAGAAGAAAGCAUGAAAGGAAAAGGCUAUGAGUAUCCAAAUCCCAAAGGAUAAUCAACACUUAUAUUUGUACAAUAUUUUCCAGGUCACAGAGUAGUUUAUUAAAUAAUUGCAUUUGAUCUUCCAUCAUCAAGAAAAAAAAAUCCCUAUUUUACAAAUGUUUCAAAAAAGCUAAGUAACUUGUAAAUAAGUAAAGGUAAUUUGUCAAUGGUUACAGCUAGUAAUUUUGAGAGUCUUGUUUCAUACCCAGAUCUUACUACUCAAAUCCUGUAAUGUCUGAAAUACCCAAAUUGCCUAUCCAAUGCCUGCAUAAACUACUAGAGCUAAGUCAACAGGUUUUAUCAAGCACCUACCCUCUGACCAGCAUGACACAGAUGUUGAGCAAGACACAAAAGAAUCAGAAAUCAGGUUUUACCCCUUGGGAAUAAAAAGACUUAGACAUUCACCACCUUAGAAAACUACUGACAUCAUUGAUAUGUAAUUAGCUGUCAUGCUGCAGAUUAUAUGAUGCAGACACUAAGUGCUAUAGACAUCUUAAGAAAGAAGAUCAUGCAGGAAAAUAACAUGAUUAGUUACAAUGCUGAAUCUCAGGCAAUAGCUACCCUACUUCUUGAUUCUUGUUCAUAUUCAGAGAUACUAGUACCCAAUGUAGAAAGAAUGUUAACCUAGGAAGAUGUCUCUAUAAUCUAUCAACUACCUUUGAGCGUUUGCUAUAUGUUGAGUGCUUCCAGAUUCUGGCAGGUAAAUAGACAAUGUAACUUUCACUCCCUGUGAUAUUUCCACUUUGUAAGGGGCCGCCAAUGGAAGAUAUUUCCUGAUUAGAAAAAAGGAGGUAGGGUAUUUCUUUGUCUAUGUAAAGUCCUCAAAAUUAACUUUGAAUAAAUAAAAGGAUAUUUGUGUUUGUGUCUGCA